GGGGCAAGAAAGAGGACCAGAGAAGGGGAAGAGACUGCAGUCUGGGUACGCUUUGGGGAGCCUGGACCCUAAGUAACAGGAUUCGGCAUUGGUGGAGAGAAAAGUCUAGACUGGCAGACGCUGCCAACCACUCAGGGAGCGCAUUCUUUUAUCUGGAGAGAGAGGAGAGGGAGAAGGCAGAGUUCAUGCCGAAGUGGAUGGAAGGGGAUCCGGGUUUCCCCGGCACAGGGAGUCGCGAGUCGGGACUAUGGCACUGAGACCCGCGCGGAGCAGCUGCGCGCCCGAGGACGCGUCUCCUCGCGGGGGACCAGCGGGCGUCAGGAAAGACUGCGCACAGAGGAACCAACUUGUGGCUCCAGACCAUCCUCAACGCAGCUGGAAAUGAGAUCAAAGCUGCAGUUUCAUUCCAGAAGGAUGAGAGGAGCCAGUGAUUAGGGAUUUUUUUUUUAACCCUCUUCGUUCCCGUUUCGUCGUUUUCUCUUACCCCCCCCCCUUUUUUUUUGCUUUUAAAUAUAUGUUUGUUUGUUUUCUUCUUUUUUCAAAUUUACCUAACACUACGUCAGUCCCGUCACAUUGCUUUCCCCGUACGAAAUAAAAGCCCAGUCUGAACUUCGACCGCCCGGGAGACUCGAGAUCUGCGACCAGCUGAUGGAGAAGGGGACACCCGUGCUGGCAGUGGCCGCUGGAGAGGGACCGCAUCACGCGUCUCUCUGGUGAUCCCUGCCCUGAUCGCCGAGUUCAGCAAUACCUGGAGGACCUGGACCCUGUACUGCGGGUGGGGGAGGGGACUCAGUGAAAGCCACCCUGAGCCUUAAGAAAAAGUAGCUGACCGGGGGCGGAACGGGGUUUGUUCUUGACAGCUGACGGAGCCUUGAAAUUUUCCUCCUCUACCUCCGCCCCCUCCCCCGCCCCCGCCCCCCGCACUCCAUUUAACGUGAGAUUAUGAAAUCGCAGAGGCGGUGGAGGGAAGGCGACAGGAUCUAACAGGGAGUUUGGAGGGGCGAGGGGGAAGGUGGCUGGCUGGGUGGCUGAAAUCAAAAAUCCAAUUGCGCACUGGGUUGUGAUGAGAAAUCUAAUCAGAUCUUCGACGAAGGGGCCGGCCGGAAGGGUAGCCGGUGGGGGCAGUUGAUCCCCAAAUUAUCCGAAGGGAGAGCUGGGGACUGGAAUCAAGGAUGUAAAGAAAGACUUUUUUGUUCCUUUUUUUUUCUUUCUUUUCUUUUUUCUUUUUCUUUUUUACCUCCCCGGAUGAGGUGGCUGUUGGGUGCCUUGCUAAAAUGAAGAAUGCGGGACGCAGCUCUCUCUUGGAGCAGAACGCAGAGGAUAAACUGAUUGUGCCAGAAAGAAGAAAGAAUGAAGCUUUUUCUUGUGAGACCUGGAUCGUGACAUAAAUGUGUAUAUGGCCACACGGGGAGCAUUGAGGGAAAAAAUGAAAUAAGCUGAUGUCAGACCUGCGGGGUUUAGUGUGUUCUGACAUAAAUAAAUAAUCAUAAAAUAGCUGUCCCCCUCCCCCAAGGAUGUUUGGAAAUGGAGAACUGAGGAUACACAAAGAAAAAGUGUGUUCAUUUUUUUUUUCUUUAAAGGAGAAAGUACGCCAAGGAGAUAUUUUUGAAAUGAAAAGUUUGGGGGCAUUUUUAGGAAAGUAAAGACCUGAUAUAUAUAUACAUAUUUUUUCUCUUUGAAUUUCCCACAAGAAAGAGAGAAAAUUAAUAAUAGAUCUGCAAAAAAAUUUCACUGAAGAAAAGUUGACCGUGGAGGAACGAAGCAUUGAUUGGGAAAGAAAUCAGCAGAGGACUCUUGGAUUGGUGCCCAUGUUGACUAAAACUGAAGGAUAAUUGCAGUUGGAUCUUUUUUUCUUCACCAACCUCCUUUUCGUUUUCUUUUUCUUUUCCUUUUUGGUGUCAAGACCGUACGUUCUUUCUUGUUCUUAACCACCUGGAUUUCCCUCGGGAUGUAGCUGUGCUGAGUCUGAAAUACAGUUGGCAAACACGUUGCCUAUUUACUGUGUAGAGACCCCAAUGGAGAACAAGAGCCAAACAUUUUAAGUAGCAUUCAUAUAUGAUCCUGGAUAACUGGAGAAUUAAGAAGAACUGCUGUGACGAAAAAAAUAAAUGAGAAAAUAUGGCUAGAACCAAGCUUGACAUGCCUCUCGACUGUUUGAACUCCAGAAGGACCAACACCAGAUAAAUUAUGAAUGUUGAACAAGAUGACCUUACAUCCACAGCAGAUAAUGAUAGGUCCUAGGUUUAACAGGGCCCUAUUUGACCCCCUGCUUGUGGUGCUGUUGGCUCUUCAACUUCUUGUGGUGGCUGGUCUGGUCCGAGCUCAAACCUGCCCUUCAGUGUGCUCCUGCAGCAACCAGUUCAGCAAGGUGAUUUGUGUUCGCAAGAACCUUCGUGAGGUUCCUGAUGGCAUCUCCACCAACACAAGGCUGCUGAACCUCCAUGAGAACCAAAUCCAGAUCAUCAAAGUGAACAGCUUCAAGCACUUAAGGCACUUGGAAAUCCUCCAGUUGAGCAGGAAUCAUAUUCGAACCAUUGAAAUUGGGGCCUUCAAUGGUUUGGCGAACCUCAACACUCUGGAACUCUUUGACAAUCGUCUUACUACCAUCCCGAAUGGAGCUUUUGUGUAUCUGUCUAAACUGAAGGAGCUCUGGUUGCGCAACAACCCCAUUGAAAGCAUCCCUUCCUAUGCUUUUAAUAGAAUCCCUUCUUUGCGCCGCCUAGAUUUGGGGGAAUUAAAAAGGCUUUCUUACAUCUCAGAAGGUGCCUUUGAAGGUCUGUCCAACUUGAGGUAUUUGAACCUUGCCAUGUGCAACCUCCGUGAAAUCCCUAACCUCACGCCGCUCAUCAAACUGGACGAACUAGAUCUUUCUGGGAACCAUUUGUCUGCAAUCAGACCUGGCUCUUUUCAGGGGUUGAUGCACCUUCAAAAACUGUGGAUGAUACAGUCUCAGAUUCAAGUGAUUGAACGCAAUGCCUUUGAUAACCUCCAGUCAUUAGUGGAGAUCAACCUGGCACACAACAAUCUAACAUUACUGCCUCAUGACCUCUUCACGCCCUUGCAUCAUCUAGAGAGGAUACACCUUCAUCACAACCCAUGGAAUUGUAACUGUGAUAUCCUGUGGCUUAGCUGGUGGAUACGAGACAUGGCUCCCUCGAACACAGCUUGUUGUGCCAGGUGUAACACUCCCCCCAAUCUGAAAGGGAGAUAUAUCGGAGAGCUGGACCAGAAUUAUUUCACAUGCUAUGCUCCGGUGAUUGUGGAACCCCCAGCAGACCUCAAUGUCACUGAAGGCAUGGCAGCUGAGCUAAAAUGUCGGGCGUCUACAUCCCUGACUUCCGUGUCUUGGAUUACUCCAAAUGGAACAGUCAUGACCCAUGGGGCAUACAAAGUGCGGAUAGCUGUGCUUAGUGAUGGCACGUUAAAUUUCACAAAUGUAACUGUGCAAGACACAGGCAUGUACACAUGUAUGGUGAGUAAUUCUGUUGGCAACACUACUGCUUCUGCCACCUUGAAUGUUACUGCGGCAACCACUACUCCUUUCUCUUACUUUUCAACUGUAACAGUAGAGACUAUGGAACCUUCUCAGGAUGAGGCCCGAACCACAGAUAACAAUGUGGGUCCAACCCCAGUGAUCGAUUGGGAGACUACUAACGCAACCACAUCUCUUACGCCACAGAGCACAAGGUCAACAGAGAAAACAUUCACCAUCCCAGUGACUGACAUCAACAGUGGAAUCCCAGGAAUUGAUGAGGUCAUGAAAACAACCAAAAUCAUUAUUGGGUGUUUUGUGGCCAUCACACUCAUGGCUGCUGUGAUGCUGGUCAUUUUCUACAAGAUGAGGAAGCAGCACCAUCGGCAAAACCACCAUGCUCCAACAAGGACUGUUGAAAUCAUUAACGUGGAUGAUGAGCUCACUGGGGAUACACCUAUGGAAAGUCACCUGCCCAUGCCUGCAAUUGAGCAUGAGCAUCUAAACCACUAUAACUCUUACAAAUCUCCCUUCAACCACACAACAACAGUAAACACAAUAAAUUCAAUACACAGUUCAGUGCAUGAACCGUUAUUGAUCCGAAUGAACUCUAAAGACAAUGUACAAGAGACUCAAAUAUAAAACAUUUACAGUUACAGAAAACAAACAAUCAAAAAAGACAGUUUAUUAAAAAAAAUGACACAAAUGACUGGGCUAAAUCUACUGUUUCAAAAAAGUGUCUUUACAAAAAAAACAAAAAAGAAAAGAAAUUUAUUUAUUAAAAAUUCUAUUGUGAUCUAAAGCAGACAAAAUUAUGUGUAUUCCUCAGAACCUGUUUUUGCUGCACUUACUAUUUUCCCACACCUCCUCCCUCCCUUCCCUGAUUGCCAUAUUUUUCAUAGAUCUCAAUUCUCUAAAGAACUGGUCUAGGAAAUUUUGUAAGAAUUCUGUUACACUUUGAGAUUUUUAUGGUGAAUUCUAGUGGUGAGAUCCAGUCUAUUUUGUCUCUUUUUCGCUCUAAUUUUUUUUUCAUUUUUUUCCUUUUUCCUUCAUGCCCUUCUGAAGUAGUCCAAUGGGGAAUGCAAUAUUAGAAAUAGAUUUUUAAGAAAGAAUGAGGAAAAUGCAAGAUCUUAUAUUUUUCAUGCAUUGAUCUGUUCUGUAUUUAUGAGGAGGACAUUCUGUGGAGAAAGAAAAAAAGUAAGCAAACAACAGAUUAAUUUACAUAUGAACAUCUAUAAAACCCAUGACUUUAAAAAAAAAACUCUAGAACCAGAAUUUGUAGUUCAAAAACUUAAAAUAAGAUUAUAAAUAAAAUAUUGUUGGUUUUUCUGUACCUGGACAUAGCUCAUUUGUAGCCUGGUUCAAAUAUGAGAAACCUAAAGGUAAUUAGAUUCCUUAUUUUCUAAGAAACACUUUAGCCAAAGCAUCAUUUUCUACAUGUCUCUGCUGUUUUAUUCGACUUAAGUUGUCUAUCAGAAUUCAAGGAUGCUAUGAUACAAUCAGAUUCUUUCCUUCUCAAUAGGAUGCCCCUUGCAAA